AUGAAGGCUAAAGGCCUGUUCCUUCUCUUCCUGGCGAGCCUCGUCCUGGAACUAACAUCCGGAAGUUUCCCGCGCAACCUUAUCAAGAGACUAGAGAUUAUGUCCGUGAAUACGGAUGUCAUUCUCCCGGAGACAGGAUUUAUUGGCCAGUCACACUCGUUCAUUCGGAAUGUUAGUCAGAUCGGUUUGGAACGACAGCCAAGCUCUCACCUGAGCAGACGGUCCAUUUGCCCCUGGCAUUACGUUAAGAAUAUCGACCCUACACGCUAUCCAGUGGAAUUGUUUGAGGCUCGCUGUGACCAGGCAGGGCCGUGUCAUUGCGGAGGCGAGGCUCCAGGACGUAGCCGUUCCCGAUGCACGGAGGUAGCCCUGCCCCACUUUGUUAUCAGGCGAAUCAAAAGGGACGGACAGACUGCCCCGGGGUACCGUCUGACCAAAGAACUUCUGGGUGCUGGAUGUGCAUGCGCAAGUCCGGAAGUACGUGAAUCACAGCAUUCCCACGGCGGUCUGCACCCGGACCAAUAA